AUGGAUGAUAUUGGCUUAACAUCAUCACCCACGGUUAUUAAACCGGCAUGUUCGCCUAUCAAUUCGAAUCGACAACGAAUAGAUUCAGCAUCAGUUAUUCAACAAUCGGAUGUCUCAUCAUCACGGCCAGCAUUACUUGCAUAUGAUGCACUUGGACCACUUCUUUUUGAGGCUUUGGAUGGUUUCUUCUUUACAAUAAAUCACAAUUUUGAACUGGAUUUUGUUAGCGAUAAUGUUGGACAGUAUUUGAAAUUUUCUCAAGAAGAACUUGCCGGAAGAAGUUUAUAUCAUUUUGUGCAUCCGAAUGAUGUCGGCGAGUUCAGUAAAGCUUGGGCAAAAAAAGAUGCCGGUGAUUCUGCAGCAGCACUUGUUAAUAAUGAACAAUCAUCCAUACAAUCCCGUGGACGCACAUUUCUCUGUCGUAUGCGAACAAAUGAUGAUUCUACACCAUACAUUCGCAUGAUUAUAUCUGUUGCACUGCAUCGUGAUUCUUUGGGCAGUGAUAAAACGUUUUUGAUAUGUAUUGCACGGCGACCAUCAUUAAAUGAUCCUAAUGAUAAACCAUCAUUGCUUGGUUUUGAUCAAUUUUCAUCACGAAUUAAUCUAAAUUAUGAUAUUGAAAAUUUAGAUUCAAGCCAUAUGAAAAAUGAAAAAUUGGAUAUAAAUUUUCGUGGAAAAAAUUUUCGUGAUUAUGUUUAUAUUCAUGAUAUUCCAGCCAUUGAACGUCAUUUUCAAGAAGUUAUUGAAAAUGGUGAAGGAAAAAGUUCCGUCUAUCGCUUUUGCCUUCACGAUAAUAUUUAUGCAUUUAUAAAUACUCGGAGUAAACUAUUUCAUAAUUCAACAGCGAAUAAAUCUGAUUCUAUACUUUCAACACAUACAAUUGUUCGUCUAAUUGAAAAUGUAAAUGAUUUAAAUGGGAAUGCAUCUACACGUUUAAUGAAAUCGAUUAUUUCAUCAAAUCGUGAUUUACAAAAAAAUAAACAGCAACAGCAACAACAACAACAAACACCAAAUAAAACAAUAGUAGCAUCGCCAGCAACCCCACCAAUCGGAACGCAGUUUGCAUUAACGAUGUUAGGCAUGCGAAAAAAUGCCUCGAACUCUUUACAACAACAUGUGUCUAGUACGUUAGGCACGCUAAUACAAGUGCAAAAUUCAUUAUCAACUUCAUCACUGACUAGUCCACAUGAGAAAAAUCAAUCUCAACAACAACAAGCGUCGCUGACACCAUCAUCGUCGCCAAUACAAAAUCGAUUAGUUGCUCAAAAGUCAUCGACACUUGAAAAUGUUUCUUCGUCAGGUACCGUUGAAUUUGGUAGUAAACGAACAUCUUUCAGUCGUUCAUUAGGAUCCGUACAUUCCAAUCAUGGUAGUCUAUCAUCACCAGUUAAUUCUUUUGAUAUAUUUUUUUCUUCGCCUACACCGGCAACAACGAAUUCAAAUGAUUUACAAGCAUUUUUAUCAUCACCAACCAAUACUAAAACUUCGUCACCGUUAUUUUCAAAUAGUGAUAUUUAUACAACGUCAUCGAGUCCAAAACCAGUUUUAACAUCACCAUCGCCAUCAUUACUCAAUUCAGCGCGUGGUUCAACACGUUUGCGACAAUUGUUAUCAACGAAGUCUCCAUCAGCCAACGAUAAUCCGUCUCAAACAUUACAUUAUCAUGCCGAUGAAAAACUUGAAGAUUUUAUACAAGGACCAGAAAGUCCAACAACAACACAUGUAUCCCCGUUAACAAAUGAAUUACUAUCGUCAAUAGCAAAACGUCGAAGAAAAAAUAGUUUUACAUUCAAUGAACAAAAUAAUGGAGGCGAUGGAUUGCUCAAAAAGAUUUUAGAGAAACCAAAUUCUCAUUCAACAUCACCAGUCAGAACAGAUUCGAAUCAUAGUGAUGAUAGUUCAUCAAGUGGACAUGCUUCAAAUAAACAACGCAGUGACACUUUUCUUCGAACUCUACUCAACGAUGAAGUUCGUCCACAAAAAGUUGUUGUCGAUGCUCCGUUUGCACUUGGCGCACGGCAAGUAUCAAAUAAAUAUGCAACAAAUGGUACGAAUGUAUUAGUUGAAAAUGAUAAAGCAAAAAAUAACAAUACACGUUUAACGUUAAAAACUCAAACAUCAGAUGCAUCUGAUGGUAAAGGAAAGAAAAAGCGCCGCCAAAAUUCAACUAAUUUUGGUAAUCAAAAUAAUCCUAUACCAAGAAAACCUGGCAGACCAAAGCGAAAUCAAACCGACUUUCUUCAAACAACAAAUCAUUGUCAAACACCACAAUCAACAUUAUCAGAUGGAUCACUCGACGCUCUAUUGGAUUCAUCAACUAAUAUAGAUCAACCGAUGACACAAACAUCACCGAUUGUACUCCGUCGUACAACACGACAAUCAUCAACAUCAAACACAACAAUAAAUCAUAAGCGAUCCUCUGACAAUGAUGAACAUUUACAAAAUUCAAGAAAAUUUCCCAAAUUACUUACACAAGCACUUAAAGAUGACUUUAAAAUUGGAUGUCAAGAUAUUUCACCAACACAGACAAUCACUGCUACAAAACUACUUAAUCAGUCAUCUCAAAUUAUGAUCAAAACUGAACCAGAACAAUACGAUCAUACUAUGCCGUUUGAUAAAAACUCACCAUUAUCACAAUCUCAAGCGUGCCGAUCAAUGCCAAUAAACAAUGCCAAUUCGUCAAUGGGUAAUUCACAAUCAACAUUACUACGAACAUUAAUUCGUACACCACAAAAUUCAUCAAUAAUAACCAAAAAAGAUGCACCAUUAUAUGACCUAUUGGAACAUCUCGAAACAACAACACCAAACGAUAAUUCAUUAUUUUCUGGUCAAUCAUCGCUUAAUAAUUCUAUUGAUCCAUUCGAGCAAUAUUUAACACCUGUUAUGUCACAAAAUUCUAUGGGAAGCAAUAAUCAUAAUAAUAACUCAUCAAAAGAUGAUUAUCUCGCUGCAUUGUUAAAUACUGAUCCUAAACAACCCAAUGAAUUAUCAUUCAUACCAACAAAUAAACAGCAACAACAACAACAACAACAAACAAUUAAUGAUAAUAAUCGUAUAUCAGCAAUAGCACACGAGCUAUUUAAUUCAACAACAAUGACAACCAAUUCAAAUGACGAUUUUCUUUCAUUAUUAGAUAAUAGAGAUUUUCUUGAAUGUUUAAAUGAUUCGACAACAAUAGAUUCAAUACUAUCACAAAAUUCAACGAGUCUUAUCGAACAAACAUUUACACAAUCAUCAUCAUUAACAACAGCAGCAGCAGCAGCAACAAAGCGUAGUGACAAAGAUGAAAAAGCUAUUAGUGAGAUUUAUAAAACUCUUGUGACUUCAUUUCAUCCCGGUUCAUCUCAACAAUCAUCAUCAACUAUAGAUUCUUUGCCUAUUGAUAUUAAUACUUCUAAUUCUAUUACCGGUGGCUUCCUUUUCCCUGAAACGUCGAAUCCAAUUCCACCCAAUCGAACAGUUAGUCAUGAUCCAUCAUCAUCGAUGUAUUGUCCACCAUCUGUUCCACAAAUUUCAACAUUUCCAUAUUCAUCAAAUAAUACUCAAUAUCCUGACUGUCUUUCAAUGGAACAAAUGGAUAAUGGUGGUUCAUUUCCUCCAAAUGUAACGUUAUCGCCUAUGAAUAAUUCCUAUCAAUCCAAAACAACAACAACAACAACAACAACACUUAUGAAUACAAAUGCAAUGAUGAUGUAUUCUCAACAAUCCGAUCCACAUAUUCAACAUCAUCAAACGCCAAAUAUGAUCUAUCGUCAACCUUCACAGCAGCAGCAGCAGCAGCAGCAGCAGCAGCAACAACAACAACAACAAAAACCAAUGUAUAAUAAUUAUGUUCAACCAGCACCAAAUCAAAUGAAUUCUGGUUAUUAUUCGAUUCCACCAUCAACAAAUCAACAGCAGCGAAUGCCAUCUGCUAAUCAUCAUUCAGCAGCAGCAGCGAAAAGACAAGCACUAAUUCAUCAACAACAGCAACAAAGAACUGCUGCACAAAUGAAUCAACAUCAGCAGCAAGUUCAAUUUCAUAUGUCGAUGAAUGUUACUUUACCACAUAUGAUGACAAAUCCGCAACAGCAGCAGCAGCAACAACAACAACAGCAGCAGCAGUUGGCUCAUCGACCUAUGGUGAAUACAUACAAUGAUCCAAUGAUGCCUAAUAACAAUAUUCCACCAUUACAACAGGAUUUUCAUCAAUAUUCAAAUAAUAAUUCACUCGAGCUUUCCUAUAAUCCCGAUCUUUUUAUGUCACCAUCCCCAAAUAUGACACAACAAUCCAUGCAGAAUCGCCAUAUGAAUGUCACGCAACAUCAACAGCCUCCACCACAUUCACAACCUCCAAUGCAUCAGCCACCAUACUCGAAUAUGAGCGUAGCUCUGUCGGCAACUAUACAACAAAAUUCACAAAAUUCGAAUAAUCUUAUGAAUCCAUCAAUACCUAAUUUAACGUCAGCUGAAUGCCGUCAAUCGGAAGAAAUCAAUAAUCAAAUGAUUAAUUGUUUGAGUUUUCAUCCUGUUCGAUCAACAAGUGAAUUUGUGCGUAAACAAUUACAAACUACAAUUCAGGGCCGGCAAAAACCAGCAGGUGGAAAAGAUUUAUCCGCAACAACGGGACAUAAUUCAUUGUCAGCAAAUCUUGAUUGCAAUCAAAAAGGAGCGUUCUUUCGAAAUCAACUCUCUUCUCCAAUUUCAACUCCUCCAUUGCAAACAACAGUAAGACCUCAAGCACAAGACAAACCAACAUAA